UGUUCCCUGUUCGUUGUUCUCGGUUCCCUGGACUGGCGCCGCCUUUCAGGGUGUCUUCUUUUCGCUCCUUUCUCCAUAGCUAGCCUCCUCCCCCUUAGCUGCUCUCUUGACUCGGUUCUCUUCUUGCUUUCCAAAGAACUAUUGACCCGGAGCGGCCCAUGUGCGACCUCGGGUAGGACGGGCUUGGCUGCGCCGAGUGUGGCCUCUGGACUCAGCUGGGCCCCCUAGGGUGUUUCAGGCAAAGGUAACAGGCUGAAUGAUGUGGCACAGGGCCCUCCCCAUGCAGGAUGUGCUUUGGCCAGUACAUUUAAAGUUGAAGUUUGCUGCUAAAGAUGGCAGAUCCAGAUGUCCUCACCGAGGUUCCUGCAGCAUUGAAGCGGUUAGCCAAGUAUGUGAUCCGGGGGUUUUAUGGCAUUGAGCAUGCUUUGGCCUUGGACAUCUUGAUCCGAAACCCCUGUGUGAAAGAGGAGGACAUGCUGGAGCUGCUCAAGUUUGAUCGGAAGCAACUUCGAUCAGUCUUGAAUAAUUUAAAGGGAGACAAAUUCAUCAAGUGCAGAAUGAGGGUAGAGACUGCUGCAGAUGGGAAAACCACUCGCCACAACUACUACUUUAUCAAUUAUCGUACUCUUGUUAAUGUGGUAAAAUAUAAAUUGGACCACAUGAGAAGGAGGAUUGAAACUGAUGAGAGAGAUUCCACCAACCGGGCUUCCUUCAAAUGUCCCGUCUGUAGUAGUACUUUUACAGAUUUAGAAGCUAAUCAGCUCUUUGAUCCCAUGACAGGAACUUUCCGCUGUACUUUUUGCCAUACAGAGGUAGAAGAAGAUGAAUCAGCAAUGCCCAAAAAAGAUGCACGCACACUUUUGGCAAGGUUUAAUGAACAAAUUGAGCCCAUUUAUGCUUUGCUUCGAGAGACAGAGGAUGUGAACUUGGCCUAUGAAAUACUUGAGCCAGAACCCACAGAAAUACCAGCCCUGAAACAGAGCAAGGACCGUGCAGCAACUGCUGCUGCAGCUGCUGGCCUGGCAGCUGGGCACCACCGGGAAGCAUGGGCCACCAAGGGUCCCUCUUAUGAGGACUUAUACACUCAGAAUGUUGUCAUUAACAUGGAUGACCAAGAAGAUCUUCAUCGAGCCUCACUGGAGGGGAAAUCUGCCAAAGAGCGACCUAUUUGGUUAAGAGAGAGCACUGUCCAAGGAGCAUAUAGUUCUGAAGAGAUGAAGGAAGGUGGCUUAGAUAUAGACUCAUUUCAGGAGCGUGAGGAAGGCCGUGCAGGGCCAGAUGAUAAUGAGGAGGUCAUGCGAGCACUGCUCAUUCAUGAGAAGAAGACCCCUUCUGCCACAGCAGGCUCAGUGGGGGCAGCUGCUCCUGUGACCACUGCCAAUGGCAGUGACUCUGAGAGUGAGACCAGUGAGUCAGACGAUGACUCUCCACCCUGUGCUACAGCUGUGGCUGCACAUCAUGGGGAAGAGGAUGAGGAGGAGGAUGAAUUUGAGGAAAUAGCAGAUGACCCCAUUGUCAUGGUGGCUGGCCGUCCGUUCUCCUACAGCGAAGUGAGCCAGAAGCCAGAGCUGGUGGCCCAAAUGACACCAGAUGAAAAGGAAGCGUACAUAGCAAUGGGACAACGCAUGUUUGAGGACCUCUUUGAGUGAGCUUUCCCUACCUUUUCCUCCUUUCUCUAAUGUGCAUUUCAAAAAGAAAUUCCCGGGCUUCCCUGGUGGCGCAGUGGUUGAGAGUCUGCCUGCCAAUGCAGGGGACACGGGUUCGUGCCCUGGUCCGGGAGGAUCCCACAUGCCGCGGAGCGGCUGGGCCUGUGAGCCACGGCCUCUGAGCCUGUGCCUCCGGAGCCUGUGCUCUGCAAUGGGAGGGGCCACAACAGUGAGAGGCCCGUGUACCAAAAAAAAAAAAACAAAAAACAAAAAAAUCAAAAAGAAAUUCCCUACCUUUGAAGAAAAGUGUUCAGUGGCCUUCUGCCUCUCUUGAUGUAAAUCAACUGUUAAUCUUGUGCAAAGAGUAAUGGGAGAGAGAGAAAGUUUGAUUUUUAUGCCAGAAACUUCCCCACGAGGUUGGUUGGCUAUAAACAUACCCUUUCCUAUUACUACAGUAUUAAUAUUUUGCUGUAUUUCCUUAUCUCAUCUUUUUCCUUUCCCUUUUAAGACACAUUUUUCUCCCUUCUGAAAUGAGUGAGAGAAGUCUAAAGGUAAAUUCUUUAUGUCUGCCUGUAGAAGCCCACUUUGAUAGGUUACAGUAAUUCAUUGAUCACAUCCUUUUUAUUUAUUCUGACCAAGCAUUCCAAACAGCUCCUGAUAUUGCUGCCAACCAAGCAGCUUGGCAACAGGCAAAUCAUUGAUGAAGGAAAUAAAAAAUCUUAAAGCUUCAUAUUGCUUCACAGUUUGGUAAGGGGAGGUGGGAGUGUGUGUGGAAGAAGGAUGGUUAUGUGUAAGUAAAUCUCAUGAUUAAUAUCUAAACCAAAAUUGGUGUCUUUAGAACUGACUUGACUGACAGAUAUUAUUGUCAUGCUUAAUGCCUUUUGGUUUGUAUGUUGGAUAAUAGAAAACAGAAAGUGUAUUUGGUAAGCCCUUAGGAAGAAAUUAGAGAAAAACACGGACUUAGGAUAAGGAGUCCAUGUAAGGGGUUGAAGAGUGGAGAGCAUUGGGAACAGUACUUUUUAACAUUGUCUGAGUUUGUGCUGAUUUGGAAAUCCUUUAUAUAAAGCUGAGAGUGGUCGCCUUCUUUUUCAGUUCUUCCACAGUGCUAUAAAUUGUUUAAAGAGGCCAUUCCAGCAGAAAUCAGCAUAUAACAAUUGAUUACUCCUCUCUCUUUUUUUUUUUUCCUCUCAACAUUAUUGAUGGCCUUGUCUCUUUUGAUUCUUGUCAGGCAUGGUAUUUUAGAGUGCAUCCAGUAUAUCAUUGAGCAUUGUAACCUCAAGGAAAAUACUUUAAUUUUGGUUCUGAUAUGUAGCAUGGCAUUAUUCCUUAAGGCAGAACUUUAAAGAACUUUCAUACAAAGGUCUACAACAAUUGUAUUUUUUAUAAUAUUUUCCCUUGCAUUGUCAUUUUAAGUAUUUAUCACUUUAUAUAGUACAUGUGUAAAGUUGAGAUAGAUUUUAAACAUCUGAGCCUUGUAUAAAGUAAUGAUUCAUUUACCUGGGUUGUAUUAUGACUGAGUAUU